GCAUGAAGUGCGCUAGUUUGUGCUCCCAGGCUCCCUGCCAGAGGCCUGCCUCAUUCCAGCCCACUGCAGCCACCACUGUCAGCUGUCAGCGGAGAAUGCCUCCUGCUUCCUGGGGGUAUUGUUCUACACAGAGGUGAGCCCAGGCCAGGAUGGGGGACUCCAGGGACCUCUGCCCUCACCUGGACUCUAUAGGGGAGGUGACCAAAGAAGACCUGCUGCUCAAAUCUAAGCUCACACAGGGAGCCUGCCAGUCGUGUGGCGUCACUGGACCGAACCUGUGGGCAUGUCUCCAGGUCGCCUGCCCCUACGUUGGCUGCGGAGAAUCCUUUGCUGACCACAGCACCCUUCACGCACAGGCAAAAAAGCACAACCUGACCGUGAACCUGACCACAUUCCGCGUGUGGUGUUAUGCCUGUGAGAGGGAGGUGUUCCUGGAGCAGCAGCUGGCGGCCCACCCGCCAGGCCCCACGCCCAAGUUCUCAGAGCAGGACUCUCUGCUGCCCACCCACCCCCUGAAAGCUGUCCCUAUUGCUGUGGCCGAUGAAGGGGAGUCCGAGUCAGAGGACGAUGACCUGAAGCCACGAGGCCUCACGGGCAUGAAGAACCUCGGGAAUUCCUGUUACAUGAACGCAGCCCUGCAGGCCCUGUCCAACUGCCCUCCGCUGACCCAGUUCUUCUUGGAGUGUGGAGGCCUGGUGCGCACAGACAAGAAGCCAGCCCUGUGCAAAAGUUACCAGAAGCUGGUGUCGGAGGUGUGGCACAGGAGGCGCCCAAGCUAUGUGGUUCCCACCAGCCUGUCCCACGGGAUCAAGUUGGUCAACCCGAUGUUCCGGGGCUAUGCCCAGCAGGAUACCCAGGAGUUCCUGCGCUGCCUGAUGGACCAGCUGCACGAGGAGCUCAAGGAGCCGGUGGUGGCGGCAACGGCGGUGCUGACCGAGGCUCGGGACUCGGACUCGAGCGACACAGAUGAGAAGCGGGAGGGUGACCGGAGCCCGUCAGAGGACGAGUUCCUGUCCUGUGACUCAAGCAGCGACCGGGGUGAGAGUGACGGGCAGGGUCGAGGCGGGGGCAGCACGCAGGCCGAGACGGAGCUGCUGCUCCCCGACGAGGCGGGCCGUGCCAUCUCCGAGAAGGAGCGGAUGAAGGACCGCAAGUUCUCCUGGGGCCAGCAGCGCACAAACUCUGAGCAAGUGGACGAGGAUGCUGACGUGGACACCGCCAUGGCCGCCCUUGACCGCCAGCCCGUGGAGGAGCAGCGACCAUCCCCGCGGUCUACCAGCCCCUGCCGGACACCAGAGCCAGACAAUGAGGCGCACAUGCGCAGCGCCUCUCGCUCCUGCAGCCCCGUCCACCACCACGAGGGCCAUGCCAAGCUGGCCAGCAGCCCUCCUCGUGUGAGCCCCGUGAGGAUGGCGCCGUCCUACGUGCUCAGAAAAGCCCAGGUGCUGAGUGCCGGCAGCCGGAGGCGGAAGGCGCAGCACUACCGCAGCGUCAUCUCAGACAUCUUCGACGGCUCCGUCCUUAGCCUCGUGCAGUGCCUCACCUGUGACCGGGUGUCCACCACCGUGGAGACAUUCCAGGACUUGUCGCUACCCAUUCCCGGCAAGGAGGACCUGGCCAAGCUCCACUCGGCCAUCUACCAGAAUGUGCCAGCCAAGCCGGGUGCCUGCGGGGACAGUUACGCUGCCCAGGGCUGGCUCGCCUUCAUCGUGGAGUAUAUCCGACGGUUUGUAGUAUCCUGUACUCCCAGCUGGUUUUGGGGGCCAGUCGUUACCCUGGAAGACUGCCUUGCUGCUUUCUUUGCUGCUGAUGAGCUGAAGGGUGACAACAUGUACAGCUGUGAACGGUGUAAAAAGCUGCGGAACGGGGUGAAGUACUGCAAGGUCCUGCGCUUGCCUGAGAUCCUAUGCAUUCACCUGAAGCGCUUCCGGCAUGAGGUGAUGUACUCAUUCAAGAUCAGCAGCCACGUCUCCUUCCCCCUUGAGGGGCUUGACCUACGCCCCUUCCUUGCCAAGGAGUGCACGUCUCAGAUCACUACCUACGACCUCCUCUCAGUCAUCUGCCACCACGGCACAGCAGGCAGCGGCCACUACAUUGCCUACUGCCAAAACGUGAUCAAUGGGCAGUGGUAUGAGUUCGAUGACCAGUAUGUCACCGAGGUCCAUGAAACGGUGGUGCAGAAUGCCGAGGCCUAUGUCCUCUUCUACAGGAAGAGCAGCGAGGAGGCGGUGCGGGAGCGGCAGCAGGUGGUGUCCCUGGCGGCCAUGAGGGAGCCCAGCCUGCUGCGGUUCUACGCGUCCCGGGAAUGGCUUAACAAGUUCAACACCUUUGCGGAGCCAGGGCCCAUCACCAACCACACCUUCCUCUGCCCCCACGGAGGCGUCCCGCCCAGUAAGUACCACUACAUCGACGACCUGGUGGUGAUCCUGCCCCAGAACGUCUGGGAGCACCUCUACAACAGGUUUGGGGGCGGCCCCGCCGUGAACCAUCUGUACGUGUGCUCCAUCUGCCAGGUGGAGAUUGAGGCGCUGGCCAAGCGCAGGCGGAUUGAGAUCGACACCUUCAUUAAGCUGAACAAGGCGUUCCAGGCCGAGGAGUCGCCCGGCGUCAUCUACUGCAUCAGCAUGCAGUGGUUCCGGGAGUGGGAGGCCUUCGUCAAGGGCAAGGACAACGAGCCCCCCGGGCCCAUUGACAACAGCAGGAUUGCGCAAGUCAAAGGAAGUGGCCACAUCCAGCUGAAGCAAGGAGCUGACUACGGGCAGAUCUCAGAGGAGACCUGGCUCUACCUGCACAACCUGUACGGCGGUGGGCCCGGGAUUGCCAUCCGGCAGAGCGUGGCCCAGCCCCAGGACCCCGAGAGCUUACACGGGGAGGAGAAAAUCGAAGCUGAGACCCGGGCCGUGUGACUUGGUGGGCCGACCUGUAAGUCCCCUUUCCUCUCCAGAGCCCCUCUCCUGCCCCUCGAGUGUUGGGAGCGCGUGCCCCUGCACGCUCCUUCCACGAGGUGGCUUGGAAGAACACUCACGCGGGCCCCGCCGGGCUGAGUGACUGGCUGUCCCGCAGGCCCUGCCCCCGCCCUCCCCGGGGAGUGUGCGUUUGUACCCAGAAGGGAUGGGGGCUGGUGCUUGAAAAACCAGAAGUGUACAGAGGCAGAGAAGUUAUUUUCGGCUCACAGUGAGGAAUGCCGCCACUGGAACGCACCCGCCUCAGGCCCAUUCUCCGCGACACCCCUCGGGUCUUUGACCUGGCAGUGCCCACCUGUCACUGUUGCUGGGCCCCUCAAACCUGCCCUCUAGCCUGGGCACAGCUCUAGUCCCUGCAGCUCUCCCUCGGGCUGUGGCCUUGGGAAGAGGGUUGGGAAGGGGCUCCUGCUUCCCAGGCAUUUCCCGGUACCCGGUCCAGCGCCUGAGACUCACAGGCAGAUGCUCUGAGCUGGCGAGUAGGGUGCUCAGCGCUUGGGCUGUGAGACCACUGCUGCCGGUCCCUGGAGCCAGCUUCUCCUGAGGGCUGCUUCACCCCUGCACCUCCUAGUGUCUCAGAAAGGCCCCUGAGUCCUGGGCUGCUCUCAGUGGCUCCCCUGCAGACUGACGACGCCAAACGCUCCUGCGGGUGGGACCCCAGGGGGUGGGCUUCUGCUGGUGGGGUUGUGUCUGGAGGCGGUGGUCCCCUCUCACGCUGUGCUGCUGAGCGGGCCCUGGACUGCCUGUCAGCUGUCCCACCAGGGAACCGGGUGACUAAACAGAAAUACCUCGCGUGACUCUCUUUUGCGGCUUAUGUGGCUUCCCUGGGGGCUGACACUGGAGAAACCGUUCUUCCCCUUUCUCCCCAACACUGGGGUUGUGCAGAGCCCUGGGGAGUGUGACACUGGGGCAGUUCUCACGACUGCAUCUGGAGGUGUGUCUCCUGAGUGCCGAGUAAGCCCACUGCUGGGGCACCGGGAUCCCCAGACCGGCAAGGUGCGGCCUUGCUCCGGGUGGUACCGGAGCCGCUGGACUUGACUGCGGCAACUUGCUUACCUCGUCAAGGCCAAAGCGACUGGGGGUGCGGAAGGGGUCCCGGGACCAAACCCCCAAAUCCUGUGGCCGUCAGUCUCUGCCGAAGCAGAUGUCGGCAGAAAUUCCAGCAGGCGGUUCUGGCAGGGCGCCUGGGGCUCUCGCAACGUGUCGCUCACGUCUGUGAUCUCGGGCGGAUCUGUGCCUUCCCCACCGAGGCAGCAUGUGAUCAAAGAACAAGCCACUGCUGGAAUUUCUUGACAUUUGCCACCGCCUUUUGAAAGUUGCUGCUGCAGCCAGCGACACCACCAUCGCAGAGCCGGGCGGCUGCAUGCUAACUACUGUCACGUAGAGGUUCUGCUGUGCAGAUUGUAAUCUCGCCCCAUGUCUUCGUGGUCUAGUUUGUGUUCAGAACGUCACAAUAAAUACAUGUGCAUUCCCAGA